AUGAUAAAUGACUCGCUUGAAAACACUGCCUCACUAAAUAUCGAGGAGUGGAAAUAUGUAGAUGAUCAGUCACUUGGUGAAUCCCUGAGGGUUGGAAACCCUAAUAGACUACAGGAAGCCCUUGAUGCCUUACAGCAAUGGUCUGAAGAAUCAAAUUUCAAAUUGAACCCUACCAAAUGUUCAAUCAUCAGAUUCUACUUUGGUCGUAAACAUUUACCAGAAUUGGAUCUUCAAAUUAUGGGUCAGACCCUCCCUGAGACCCAAAGUGUAAAGUUACUGGGUGUUCUACUUGACCAAGAUCUCAAAUGGGAGAGCAAUACCCAAUCCAUAUGUAAUAAAGCGAAUCGUAAACUAUUUAUUCUUUGGUCACUAAAACGUGACGGUUUUAGCCAAGAUGAAUUAGUUGAAAUUUACAAGAGCUAUGUCCGCCCAGUGUUAGAAUAUGCUGCACCAUUAUGGCAUCAUGGUCUUACUGUAAAACUUACCAAAAUGAUUGAAAGAAUCCAGAUCAGAGUGUGCCGAUGUAUACUACAAAGUGAUUAUACUUCAUAUGAUUCGGCCCUAUCUGUUCUGAGUCUCGAGAGGCUCUCCACCCGUAGAGACACUCUCUGUAACCGCUUUGCUAUCAAAUCAUCUGAAUCUGAUCUUUUUAAAUCCUGGUUUCCAAAAUCCUGUAAUACUCACAAUAUGUCAAAAAGCAAUAACUUUGCAUACAAGGAAUAUAAGUCCACGGUUUUACCAGAACACCGAACUAUUACAACCAGUAUCGGCGAAACUGUUCAUCUGGUAAUGAGUCUUAAUGGUGUUGAUGAGGGUAGCUUACGAUGGAAAAAAGAUGGAGGAUCUGAUAUCAUGGAGUGGGACGGGUUAAGCAACGUGAGUCUUAAAAACCUACGGAUAAAAGACGCUGGUAUCUACGAGUGCUAUCCGGAAGGACAACGACACUUGGGUCAACACGCUAUACUACGAUUACUUGUUAGAGAGUGCCCUCAUGGAAAGUGGCUGCCUCCGGUUUGUGAGAACAAUUGCCCUGUAUGCUAUAAUGGGGGCGUGUGUUCUGUUUCAUAUGGAUUAUGCAUCUGUCCCCCGGGCUUCAAUGGAAAUAACUGUGAAAACGCGUGUGGCCAUAAUAAUUGGGGACGCGAUUGCAAUAUCGUAUGCAGCAAUACAAAUCCAGGUUGUCCAGGAAUUCUGUUUUGUCCUCCAGACCCUGUCGGUUGUUCGUGUAUGUCCGGUUAUGGUGACCUUGAUUGUAAAAGAGAAUGUGAAACUGGAACAACAGGCAAGUAUGGACCCGGAUGCCUUCUUGAUUGUCACUGUAACGUUACUGAAUGUCAGCCUUCAAAGGGUUGCAACACACACGUCACUUGUCAUACUGGUUAUACUGGCGCCCGUUGUCUAGAAAGGGAUCCAAACGUUGAAUGCCCUGCUGGAUAUUAUGGCCCACAAUGCACCAAAAUAUGUCAUUGUCAGAUCUCGUCGAAGUGUGAUCGAAAUAAUGGAAGUUGCCCUAAUGGUGAUGUUUGUGAAGAAGGAUGGGCUGGGGCAGGCUGCCAACAACUUCUCCCGGCACUGAGUGAUGCUCCCCUGGUCGUAGCAUUUGCAAAUAAUGUCAACAUCCGUUGGUCAUCUUGGAGUCUGGACAAUGAUUAUGGCCGUGGUACUGUCGAUAGUUACCAACUUGAAUAUUGGCCAACUAAUGAUGUCAGCGAUUUAGUUGUUCUAAAUAUUACAAUGGGAACAGAAAUGAACAUAUCGUGGUCACAGAUGAACUAUAACACAGAAUAUAGUUUCACAGUAAAAGUCGUUACUGAAGUUGAAGGUGUAUUAGUUUUUGGAAAAGCUAGUCCAUUGGCUGAGAUAUUGUCAAGACCUACUACAACAACAUCAUACGAAGAAAGACAGACAACAGAAUCAACAACGGUCAAAGGGACGACCGUACCACAGACGUCAGCAGCUAAAGGACAGACCUGCACUGAAUCAACAACGGUCAAAAGGACGACAGUACCAAUGACGUCAGCAGCAAAAGGACAGACCACUGGGAAACGCUUUAAAAAUGAUGUUCCGGUAAUCCGAGUAUGCCGAAAGGGCAGACGAUUUUCGUGUUCUUCAAAUGCAACAUCAGUGUCUAGCAAGGUUUCUAGCAACGUUUGCAAAGUUUGUGGAAAACCCUAGAUGUACUCAUUCACUUUACACUCGCAAUUUAAUGUCGUCAGACAACGACGUCGUUUUUCUGAAAUAAAGUUUUCUUAUGAAGUAUUCAAGGAAAUUUUGAAUUUAUACUAACUGAUCAAGUAUUUGUAUUUAUGUAUUUUUGAUUGUAACGAAAACCUUACUACGAUAUAAGUAAUAAUAGGGAUUAUUGUAUUUGUUAAGAUUACACGUAGAUUAUUAUUAAACCACUUUAGCACGUUGUCUGGCUUUGAAUUCGAACGUUAUGAUAGAGUAUCGUAUACUGGCUAAGAUAUAUUCAGAAAAAGUGUAAUAUUUAUAUUUCUUGCUGCACAUGUUAUGUACA